GACAAUAACACCAAAUAUCUCUUUCAUAAAAUUCAUAGUGUUUAACGAUUGACUGAUAUCGUAUACGUCAUAAUAAAAGCGAGCGUGUACAGGUCUUGCAGACACCUGUCAAUCAUAAAUACCCCACGUGAUCGAAAUGGUGGCCAAUAGUUUCUGAACCUUUGGGCAUUGUUAUCCUAAUAUCAUACACGUUCAGCAACUGAGCGAAACAAUAGCAGACAAGCAGUUAUUAAAACCAGUAAAUUGUGUUUGAAAGAGUAGCUGAUUUGAUGAUUAUUGAUAGUCUUCACCCUUCAUCGAUCAUGAUAGCUGAUGUAUCGAUUGCAACCAAGGACAUGGUAUGGGCGCGAAUAAUUGAACUUAAGAAUAAUUGAUGACAUUCUUCCAACGAAUGACGCGCCAGCAGUCACCGACGAUCAGGUUUAAAACGGCGCCUUUCUCACGGCGAGCGCCUUACAUCUUCUUCGGCGAGCUUGGCGUUCAGGUGCAUCAAGUUUUGAAGACUGGUGAAGACGUCAUAAUUUCAUGGAAGCUGUAUAUGGAAGAGAACUGCGAAGAAUCAAUCGACCAACAAAACGUUGGUAGAACAAAAGUAACACAUUGGCGAGGCAUUUGACUUAAACUAGGAAGGAAGAAGGGUAAUUUCAUAAAAAAUAAAAAGAGAAAAUAAUAUCUUCGAGGAACUUGGUAAACAGACUAUCUAUGUAAAUGUGACGGAUUCUGCUAUACUUUUGAGACUUGGCACACGAGAACGUUUUGCUGAGAUAUUCAUAUUUUGGUAGCAGUAUGCAUAAUUUGGAGUUGCAGCUAGACCUACCAUAUCAGUCGAUCACAUUACAAGAUGAGUUAGGAUCUAUCCAGCCGCCGAGCAGCCGUAAGAUACCCUGUCAGGUCUGUGGUGCGAUGUCGUCUGGUCUUCAUUUCGGUGUAUUCACAUGCGAAGGAUGCAAGUGUUUUUACAGAAGGAGCAUCCGAGAAGGGGCAAACUACGCGUGUGCGAAGGAACGAAGCUGUGAAAUCACCAUGGAAACGCGGAAUUCUUGUCGAUUUUGCCGAUUUCAAAAAUGUAUUGGUCUUGGAAUGUCAAAAGAAGGUAUCAAGUUAGGCCGCCGGCCGAAGGUAGAAAAUGAGCCUUUGCAACACAUGUGCUACACAAACAGAAGAGACAUGGGUUCGAUACCCAUUGUAGCGGGAAGUCCCCGGAGCCUGUCAUGGUCCCCAACAUUCAACACGCAUAUGCCUGGACACCCGGACUACGUCCAGUCUAAUUAUAAAGACUUGGAUAUCGAUGCCAUGUCCAAGUAUGGAAUCGGUCUACAUAGUGAGGGAUGCUAUAGCCUGAAACACGAGACAAUGUCCCAGUGCGACCACUGUAACGAACCGUUCCCAAACCAGUAUCCAUACUCUGGUGGUCAUGACGAUAUGACGAGCUAUGGACCUAUGGAUGGGAUCGUACCAACUUCGAAUGUGACGUGGAAGAUGGAAGCUACAUAUAGCGCUACAAGCUGUGUCCAGAACAACUUCUCCAUGAUGACGCGUUCUCCGGGCACGACCACGCCCAUCAAUCCAACACAAGGGGAUGCUUGGCAAGUAUCCCAGCAAAGUCCCUCAACCAUAAGUGAGGUGUCAUCCGAUGACCAGUGGGACAACGGAGUCAGACCACAUUCAGCAACAGCACCGGUGAGCUUGACAAUCCCUGAGGUGCAAGCAGGAGCUGUAGCUGCUUUGGCAUAUGCCAACCUUUAUAGAGACAAGACGGUAGAUCAACCAGAAGACCACAACCAGAUGAUAUCCACAGCUGAUAGAACAGGUGAUUCCAACCCUGCGGAUAUCGGGCAUUCAAAAAGCUAUACGGAAUUGGUUCCUCGAAGGACAGCAUCUUGUGAGGACAACUAUGAAUCCGAGUGGCAUAGUCAGCGACUAGACCUUCCUCCAAAAUGCCAAGCAGAAAAGAUAGCCCUUAACCAUCUUACGUCAUGUAAUAAUGAACGAUCAGAUCUUAAAGAUCACAAUAUUGUUUCUUCUAGAAUACACACAUCCCGGGAAGAACCUCGUAAACGUGGAUUCGCAAUGACUCUCCUACCUAGUACCUACAUGAAGAGAAAGAAGCAUUGGUCAGAUGAUGAGCAAUCAGCAGAUGAUGAUGAUGAUGAUGAUCAUGGCGAUGAUGAUGCUGAUGAAAAUUACGAACAUGGUGACGACGGAGAAGGAAGCUAUGAUGAAGAAACAGGAGAAAUACAACACGAUUCUGAUAAUAGCAGAUUAUCGGCAGAGCUCGUUGAGAGAUUGAUAGGGGCGUUUGUAGAUGUGACGAAGAAAAUGCAACAACUGUGGCAGUACCAUCUUCGCAGCACCUCUUUGAUUGAAGACAAACUAUGUAACAAGGACAUGGAUACCUUUGUUCAAGAAAAGAGAGACGAAAUCCAGAAGAUAAUUACUGGCUAUUCCUAUACAGUUUAUGGUAAUUUACCUAUAUCAUACUACAACGAGAGAGCAUUCCAUGUGAUAUCACGCCUAUGCUUGCUACGUGAUACCAAACAUGAAGAAAAUGAGGAGAAAUACAACGCUAGAGCAACGCAGAAAGCUGCCGUCCUCUGUGCUCUUUCUAUCGUGCCUUCAGGGGGCGCUGUAUCACAUCAGCUUUCAUCGAGACAAAAACAUUUAUACACCGCUCUAUUAAACUCUCUCAAAGGAAAGCAAAAUGGAAAUGAUGUUAUCUGA